AUACUCUUAAACUGAAAUCUCACCAUUUUACUUCCUGCCGUGAAAGCGCUGCUAAUGUAGGCACUUGAUGAUCGUUUUCUAGUAGGAUACGUUUGUUUUAGGAAUAAAAUAAACAUCGACUACUGUUAUAUAGCCGGGAUGGAUAUUCUCAAAGCAGAGAUCGCGAGGAAGAGGAAACUCAUCGAGGAAAAACAACUCGUUGACGACUCCAAAAGGUUCUUCAAAAGAGGAGAUCUUGCUCGCAAGGAGGAGGAGGACUACUUCCAAAAAUGCGGCUAUAAGGUUCAGAGAGAGACUCCUGACAGCCAGAUCGAUAAAAAAGAAGAGAAUGAAACAUCCACCUCUGCUAAUCCUGUGUUGGAGUUGGAACUAACGGAAGAGAAGCUGCCCAUGACGCUGUCAAGGCAGGAGGUCAUCCGACGGCUGAGGGAACGAGGCGAGCCAAUCCGACUGUUCGGAGAGUCCGACUACGAUGCUUUCCAGAGACUCCGCAAGAUUGAGAUUCUGACUCCAGAAGUGAACAAGGGUUAUAGAAAUGACCUGAAGACGGCCAUGGACAAGAUUGACCAGCAGUACCUAAACGAAAUUGUUGGUGGGACAGAGCCGGGAGAAAAGGACACGCAGCAUGACCUCAAAGUGCAUGAAGAGAACACCACUAUUGAAGAACUGGAGGCUCUCGGUAAAACUCUGGGAAGAGGGGAUGACGACGGGGACCAAGAGGUCAUCGACAAGUUCUUGCGCUUCCUUCUUGGCGUGUGGGCCAAAGAUCUGAACAGUCGCGAGGACUAUGUGAAGCGCAGCGUUCAGGGGAAGCUGGCCAGUGCCACCCACUCGCAGACAGAGUCGUACCUCAAACCUCUCUUUAGGAAGCUCAGGAAGAAGGGUUUACCAGCUGACAUCAAGGAGUCCAUCACUGACAUCAUCAAAUUCAUGCUGGAGAGAGAGUACGUCAAGGCAAACGACGCGUAUCUUCAGAUGGCCAUUGGAAACGCCCCCUGGCCCAUUGGUGUGACCAUGGUGGGCAUCCACGCCCGUACGGGCAGAGAGAAGAUCUUCUCCAAGCACGUGGCUCACGUCCUCAACGAUGAAACGCAGAGGAAGUAUAUUCAGGGACUAAAGAGGCUGAUGACCAUCUGCCAAAAACACUUCACGACGGUUCCAUCCAAGUGUGUGGAGUACAACGCGCUUUAAUGCUACGCCGCGACUGAACAUUCAAGCAGAUGGAUCGUGUCAAGAUGGCAAGUUGUUGUAAAAGUCACUCUUUGAUGGAGAUGACACCAAUCCCCCUCAGACUCGUCGUGACGCUCAUUGGUUUUCUCACCAUCUCAUUUUUCUCAGUCGAUAAUAACCUGUUGGUCUUUUGAGCACAUGCAUACUCUCAGAAUUUUGUUCUUUCAGGAAACAUUUGCGAUUUAGCAUUUAGUGUGAUCCACUGUGCUGUCUAAAGCGGAAGAUCCUUUAGUGUAAGUUUUAUUACACACACCCACCCACCCCUGCCAAAUCAGGUGUGUGCAUCUUUUGUUGCGCUUGGGGUUUUCAGUAUACUCUGGAGAAUUUAGUAGGAAAUCAUACCAAAACAGCUGCACUGUUUUCCAACCACAUGCUGUAAAAGAAGCAGAUUUCUAUUUAUACAUGGCGUGUUCAUCACAUGUUCUAGGCAACCCCGAGUAAUCCAAAAUCCCGCUAAAUUAGUCUGUAAUCAGUUAUAUCUGAUAUUGGGGGUUCUUUCCUCCUAAAAAUUUUAUUUUUCCUAAUAUUAAAACUCCAUUUUCUUGUUUAUAAAUAAAUUCCUACUAAAUUCUCAGUUUAUCUGAAAUUACCGUCACGCCUUUUAUGUUAUUUUUAAAACAUUAAAGAAAUGGUUUCAGAAA